UACCGACACUGCUGUACUGGUUAUCAAGCAGCGCCACCCUUGUCUCAGAGACAACACGGUAGCGUGAUUGUUUUAGUAAACUAAAUGCCGGGACAUCUUGGAAUCAGAGAACUGUGGCUUACUGUCUAUGCUAAAUUCUAGUUCUAAAUUACGGAUGGCAAACAUAUUUUAAACUGAACAUAGACCAAUAAAAAUUGUUGUGUUUCAUUGUCCUCUUCGUUAUUUUUUACUCAUGUCUACAGGACUAAAAAGAAAAUGUUUACACUUCAUUCAAAACUUAUUUUUUCUGUAUAGUUUCGCUAAAAUGUAAAUUGUAUAGGUUUUAAUAUCCUAUCCAUUUUAAAAUUUGAAUUGCAAAAUGACUGCUGGCAACAUUCUUGCAAAAGCAUUGUAUGAUAAUUUGGCAGAGACAGAGGAUGAACUUAAUUUCCAUCGCGGAGAUAUUGUUACAGUUAUCGAGCAAAAUACUGCUGGAAUUGAUGGUUGGUGGCUUUGUUCUUUGAAUGGCCGGAAAGGCAUUGCACCGGGGAAUCGCUUACGCUUGAUGCCCUUAAUGCAAGGUAUUUCGCAACAAACUGUUUUGGAAAAACCUUUGAUAAAUGUGGAAGAUGAAGAAUACGAUAUUCCAACUCACCAGUAUUAUAAUCAGAAUAACAAUAAUAAUGACCCUAAUGAUGUUUAUGAUGUCCCGGUUUCGAGGCAUUUCGGGUCACGACCGGAACUCGAUCUUGACCCUGAUGAGGUAUAUGAUGUACCACCAGUUCAUGCUACAUUGCAUACAUCAAACAUUCAAUUGAGCAAUGAAAAUUUACUAACGUCUUCACCUCAACAUCGGACGGUUACAAUUGAACAAGAAGUCUAUGAUGUUCCUUCUAAUCUAAUCGCUCCUGCGAAUAUAAGCAACAUAACCAGUGAGUACGAUCCUUCGGAAAUUUAUGAUGUGCCACCAAAUCGGUCUUUAGAGCCUGAGGAAGUAUACGACGUGCCCGUGUCUAAUAAAAUGUCAGGGCCUGAACCACUAGAUGUCAGUGCAAUGCUCGUACAACAAGAGGAAGACGAAGAAGAAUAUGAUAUUCCUCCGUCACGUCCGUUUGGCCAAGAUACGGUCGAUAGCGGUUUGAUUCCAAUGUAUCAAGCUUCAACUCCUUCAUCGAAAGUGGUUAGCUCCGAUCGUCUUGAUUCACCGGAUUUAAUUUACGAUGUCCCAUCGUCUAAUCGUUCAGCUGGUGAUGUCACAGAUGGGAGUUUGAAUUUGAGCAGCGUGAGCACAAGUUCAAAAUUUCAUCCCGGAAAUCGUAGCUUGUUGAAACAAGAAUCUGAAGACUAUGUUUACGAUGUGCCGCCACGAAUCACACGAGAACCGUUAUCAACUUCACAACAGACUGAGAACGAGUCGCUAGAUCUCGUCAUCAAACGUCUAUCUCUUGUUGGUUCAGCGGAAUAUAAAAAUGAUCGUAAAUCAACUUCAUCAAGUGAUUCUCUUUCUAGUAUUAUUGCAGCGAACGCCAACUAUACGGAGUUAAAUCUGGAGUUAUCAUCAGCCAUUGACCAACUUAUAAAAUUGAAACAGUCUCUGGAAGACAGUGUUUCGGUGCUGUUAACCCACGUCUAUGAAGGCUGGAGGUUAAAAGAAAACAUUUCUGGCAAAAUUGGUGUGAUAAAAGGAGUUUUUGAGGUCGUUCUAUCAGCAGUUGGGCAAUAUGUUGAAUUCGCAAGAGGAGCAAUGGCUAAUGCCAAUGCAGCCCAGCAACGAGGUUUAUCUGUAACUUUACCCCGAGCUCUUAUAACAGGGAUGCAUAAACUUUUGCAGCCCCUGGAAGAAGAUAAUUUAAUGUUACAGCAAGCGUUUACUGCAUUAGAUCAAGCAUAUUGGAGCCUUGGUAAAGUAGUAUCAAAUGAUCCAGACUUCGGGGUCCCUGAUGAGAUUGAUAGCUUCGUUAUGACAUCCCGUGCUGUGUCAGAUGACGCUCGCCAGAUAGCUGCGUUCAUUCACACACACUCGCAAUACCUUUUCAAGAAAGUGGAGACACGACCUCCAACUGCUUUUGAGAAUUACAAAGCACAACAGAUUAUUCAAACAAGGCCUUUACCAGAUCUACCUCCCCAAAAGCUACGGUCUCCCACUACUAUUAUCACAAGACCAGAUGAAGACUCCUGGCUUGAGGAUUAUGAUUAUGUUGCAUUGGACGACCAGGGUCAAACCAUACAAGAUGGUACAUUCAAUAACAGCAAUUCAAGCGUGAUCAACGAGGUUUCAAUAAAGGUGAAAACGCGACAUAUCGAAGUGUUACAAGUUUUGGAAAUGAGUAAUAAACAACAUGGCGUCCCCAAGAUUAUCAACGGUAAAACAAGCACGAAUAAUUCAAUAACUAAUGACCAAUUUACUCUCCAAGACAUGGUUGAAGAUUUACCAAUUCUUGUUGAAAGCCUUGUAUCAGCAAUAAAAGGAUUUUACUCGUGUUUGGAUAAUAACGACCCGCCGAAAACAUUUGUCGCACUUAGCAAGCAAGUUAUUCUUUGCGCCCACGAACUUGUCUUUUUUGGAGAUACUUUAUAUCGACGGUUACACCAUCAACAAAUGCAAGAUAUAGUUAAAGGACAUUGUACAGAAAUAUGUACUUCAUUAAAACGAACUGUUGCGGCAACUAAAAAUGCAGCCCAGCAAUGGCCUUCUGUAAAUGCAGUGCAGGAAAUGAUUGACAGAGUCACAGACAUUUCUGCAUCAGCACAUCAAUUUAGAAUUUUACUCAGUCAGUGUUCUGUAAGGUGAGCAAAAAUCAUUGUGGCAAUUAAAACUUUUUAUGUAGAAAUCAGUGCUGUGGACUCGCGAUUGUGAAAUCUUAACUCCAACUUCGGCUCAAAAAAUCAAAUUUUGAUAUCAAACUAUCACAUAUGCAAGGUACUUCAAUUACCGUAAUAGACUUGCAUUGAGACAUCUUAGUAAACUUGAUGCUUUCUAAAUAUUCAACUCCGGGUAAUUUCGACUCUUUGUCAUUUAAUUUGAAUGUAUAACUCCGACUUCACAGCCGUCAUGGGAGUACAGUGACCUUGGCAGCAUACCUAUACUUGACUUACCGUAAAUCAAGGUCAAAUAUGUGCAAUUCUCAAAACCGUUGCGCAACAAGUCUAGCACCUAUCACUUGUCUUAUUUUUAUGGAACAUGUGGUGCUAAUUUCACAACCUUCAUUUCAGUUUUAUAUUUUUUAUUUCAAACAUAAUUGAAUGAUUUUAUCAAGAUUAUUUUUGUCAAUUUACAUUCGGUGCAUGGUUUUUUUCUGUUGUGUCUAUAUUCUCCCUAGUUGAGGAAAGCAAUGAAAUAACUUUUUUAAAGUCACGUCAUGUAUACAAAUAGGUAUUGAAAUUAAUUCAAUUCUAUUUAUGGUUCAUUCAAUAUCAAUACAACUAAAUCAGCUUACAUAUGUUACAUUUCAACAUUUUAAUAAAAUAGCACUUUUUUAAUACUUUGGUUCUAAUUUCUGAAAAAUGUGACAAGCUGUUUUGAUUUUACUGCGGCGAUAUGGUUCUCUUUCAGCAUCUCAUUCAUUGGGCCUGAAAUCAAUCUAAAUUAUAACAAUCCAACGGACAAAGAAACCCAACCCAUAGAAUUGUCAAACACAUUUAUUAUUUAUCAAAUUGCAUUAGAUCAUCGCAGUUGUCGUUUCAGCGCUAGACCAUCGCCGCAAAUAAGACUUCAUGAAAUUUUAAAACAGUUGUUCAAACUGUAAAUAGGUGACUCAUCCAAUACUGGAAAUAUUUCACAUUCAGUCCAUUUUAUUAACACUAUUGGAAUGAAAAUGAUGUUUCUAUUUGUCACGAGCUUUGUAAUUUUCUUUGUACGAUACAUUUUCUUCCCGGAAGGAAUUUGAGUUCAUCUCAUUACUAUAGGCUUCCCACUGGGCACUGAGUCAUACAUAAUACCAUGAUUUUCUUCCAUAAUUAUAUGAGAUAUAAUGAAAUCAUAUUAUAGGUAUAUUUCAAGUUAUUUGUUUAUUAAUUUUCGUUGCAAGCUUUUGAUAUUCUUUUAGAUACUGGUACUUCAGAUACUUAAGCACUUUCCAAUGUUGUAAUUUUUUCUUUUGGGCAUUUUAAUGUAAAAUCAAAUUAUUUUGAACCUAAGCACACCACUAGACCCCAAACUUGGUGGCUAUACUAUAAGAAUCUGUCAAUUUACUCAAUUUAAGCCAAGCUAAUCCGCUAUAUAUAUAACUGUUUGAAAGUGAAGACAAGAAAUGUACUGGUAUUUGCAAUAUUGAUAUAUGAGAAUAAGUUGAACAUAAUCUAAUUUAGAACAUUCCAAAAGUCUUUUUGAGUCUGAAAUAUGUUAAUGUUUUAUUUUAGAUUAAGUUUAGGACCUGAGUAAUUUUCACAACUCAUUUCAUAGUAAAGGACAUAGUAGGCUAUGUUUGGAUAGUUCAUUAUUUUGUAAAUUCCAAGUCAAGUUUUAUCUGGCUGUGAGAUGCCCUAUUGUUCAAAAUCAAGUACUUACAGUGAAUUCAACUAUUUUAAAUGUAUUUCAUUAUUCAAUUCAGCUCGCAUUGCUAUGAGCCUGGUAUUUCUGGUUUCAUUUUCAAGGAGUAUUGGCUUACUGAGGUCUUUGUUUUUAUAAAAAGAAAAAUCAUAUAAAAUUUAGGUUGGUACAUCCUACAUGUAAGCUUUUUUUCAAAGCCUGGUUUACUAAUUUAAUAAUUUUAUCCCUGAUUUUAUUGGUUUUUGAAGAUUUUCUAUGUUAUUAAAAUUUAGCCUGCUUUCAAAGGUUUUGUAUCAUGUCAUCUUUUACAAUUUCUUAGUAGCAACAUAUGGCAUCAGUUUCUUAUCUGUUGUUUUUAUAAAUUCAAAUUCUCUCGGUAUUGGCAAUUGUGGUUAAGGAGAGGCAGCCUAUAUGUCUGAAUUCUAUUUUGAUAGCAUAUGGUGUGGUGGUGAUAUACAUUGCUUAUGUAAAUAAGUUCUGUUACAUUGUAGUGACAUAUUGAAUUAUGGUAAUACUAUACUCUAUUGUAGAAUUUCGAUGUUAGAUUACUUUCGAAGCAUAAGAUCAUAAAAUUUACUCCAUAAGAUUUUACAAAUUAAUAUAACUGCCCUAUUUAAAAUUCAUGCAUUUCCCCACUAAAAUAAUAAUUUUCACAAAUUAAAAUUUUAAAUUCCCAUUUGAAUCUAUUUUAAUCUAAAUAUUUCAACAAUCUAAAUUUAUUUUAAUUCCUUAAUAAGUAUUUCGGAUAGGCCUAUUUCUUUCCGUCAUUUUAAAGCUCAGUUUCGACAAGAUUUAUUUAAAUUUCAAUAUCAAAUAUACAAAUAUUAUUAAAGAGUUUCAGAACUUUUUAUGGGCAUAAAAUAACUGCUCUAUAAAUGAGCUGAACCCAAAAUCGACUCGCAAUUGCUUAUGAUGAAUUGCAUUGUAAUUCAACCAGGAUAUUCGCUAGGCUUUGAUUUUAGGGAUUUUGAAUGAUGAGCUUCAUUAGGUUUUGUUUGCUUGAAAGGCUUCUUGCAAGAUUAAAAACCGGCAAUGCUUUACAUAUUUGAGGUUUAAACUGCUAAUGUUUCUUUAUAGAUUGGUGUCGGAUGACAUUCUAAUUUUGAUAAAUCUCCCCUAUCUGAUGUAAGUCAUGGAUAUGAGAAAAUAACAUUUAGUCGAAUUUUAUUUAAGUAUAUUAUCAUUAAAUUUGACUUUAUGUGGUAGCAAGGAUGUUCAAAACUGAAUAUUUUACUGUUUUGAAUACAUUCCAAAAUAGUAAUUUUGACAUUAAACACAGAGUGUCCCAACAAAUCCAACCUCACUUGAAUGUUCUACAUGUCCAACAAAUUUAUGUGACUUUUAUUUUUAAAAUAGUUUUACAAGCUUAAUACUCCAAUGACCUUUAUGAAAUUAUGCCUUGAGGGGUUUGGAUAGUUUAUAAAUAUUGCGUAAUCAUAAUGGUCGAUUGGUCAGAAAAUAAAUUGGGCUUGGUCAACUUUUGUCAAAAAUUUAAGUAAUGCCGAACCAAAUAGCUUUGGAUCCUUUCAAUAAAUAGUAGCUCUCCACAUAUUCCGUAGAUGUCAGAUAUCGUACAUGGCCUUGUUUGGAGCAAAUGGCAUGAUAAGCCUAUGAAAAAGUUAAAAUAAUGUGCUAAUAUCAACUCAAAAAAAACAAUUUUAGAAUAAUUUGUCAAGUAUUUGGAAUAGUUUAAAUGCCUUCUGUUGAAUGUAAUAUAUUUGUGCAAAACAGUUCUCGAUUUGGAUUUGAUUGAAAUCACUUUAAUACCAGAAAAUUCCCAAAGCUUUGAAUUUUGAUUUCUAAGGUAAAUGUGUUAGAUUUAAAGGUGUGACUGCAAACAUUUGAACUGAUUUGACCUGGUUUUUGUGAGAUAUCUCGCACUGUAAUCUAAUAACAUAUGGUCUCCAUGGGCAGACCUUUAAAGCUCUCAUAUUCACAGUUUGCACCAUGAAAUCUUCUCUCCCCAAGGAACGUUAGAAAACUCUUAGGAAUUGCCAUUUGACCUAUUGUUGUGUGGCAAAGAUGGUUAAUAAGCGAUGCUCAUUCCAUGUUUGUAAAAUUAUCAUUUGAUUAAAAUCUAAAUUAGAGGAUUUUUGCAGUUUGGAGAUUAAGAAUAAAACUAUACUACAGAAACUGAUUUGUUCCAUGCUAAGAACUAUACUUUUAAACUUACACCACAACAAUAUUUAUAUAUUAUUUCAAAAACCAAAAUUUGCUAUUUUGAGGGAUUUAAUAAGAGUCUUGCAGAACACUAACACAAAUAUAUUUCUGUAACGUUUCAUUUGACCAAAGUUAGACUUCCUCAAACAAACAUAAUAACGUAUCUCAAAAAUAAAAUGACAUGCAUUCAGCAUGAGCCUUUCGGACAUUAUAUUGAAUAUAUUAUACACCUGUUCUCUGGCCAAUAAAACUGAUCAAAAGUGGAUAUUACUUGCAUUCCUUCUCAACACAUUCAUCUUGAAAUUUUUACCACAUCCAUUUUUCGUGAGUCUGUUAGACAUUGGAAUAUUCAAAAUAAAAUUAUAUCAGAUAACAGGCCAGUAUGAACACCAAAUAAGACAAGUCAAAUCUAAAUAUUAGUUGUAGUCCUAUCUUUGGUACUCGCGUAGUAUGUGUGUCAUGUUAGAGUUAGGCCAGAAUUUUAUUCCGAUUUUUCUUCGAGUUCAGGGACUGUCUGUGUUAGCCAAGUGAAUAUUCCCCUGCCCAUAAGUUUUAGUCACACAACUUGUUGUAAAGUAGGCGAACAAAAUCAGUUACCUCCAUUCAUAUUGGUACACACACUUCCGGAGUGCACUAUCCUUAAUAUUCUAUCAAAUUCCGACCUGGCGGUUUAAUUAUUUUGAGGUAAAUUUGUCAGCUAUUUUGGAUUUGAAUUGAACUGUUUACAAUAUUUAUGGUUGACCUGCGGUAAGGAAUUCGGAGAAUUUUCAAAACACACUAGACAUUGUAAUACCUUGUUGUACUAAGGUGUGUCUAAUCUAUAAUAAUAAGUGGUUUAGGCUGUUGUUAGAGGUCCCAUUAUAGUAGUUAGGUUGUAAUUGGAAAUAGAUUGAUGUAUCGCCCUGAAUAAUGAAUACUUUUCAAGAUAAACUGGUAAAUGCUGAAAUUCAGGUACUCCCGUAGUGUGUGUACCAGGUUAGGGUUAAGCCAUAAUUUUAUUCCAAUUUAGGGUUCUAUUUACACAAGUUCUGGGACUAUCUGGGAUAGCCAAGUGAAUAUACUCCCUGCCCAUAGGUUUCAGUCCCUUUACACAACUUGAUGUAAAGUAGGCGAACAAAAUUAGUUACCUCCAUACUUGUACACACACUUCUGCAUUGCCGAAGUUCAGGCUGUAAAUAAUUACUUGAAAAUAUUACAAAGAAAGUAAGUGCCCUAAGCUGGUCCUAACUUUAAUUUGGAGCUAGGUAUAUUCACCACAGUAUUUCAAUAAAAUGUCGCAGAAAUUUAAUAAUUCAAAAUAUGCUUUUUCUCCAUUUUCUCAACACAGCUUUUUUUUCAGUUUUACGCCUUUGAGUUGUGUGUUAGAUUGUUCCAAAUUUACUUGGGAUAGAAAAGUAGGCAGCUUACUCAUAAAAGUCCUUGAACUUGGAUAGUUUCUUUUAUUUUUGCUGAUUUUUAAAUUCAUGUGGUUGAGUUUGGGGUGUUAUCAAUACUGUAUUUCAAAAUAUCAGUCAUGUUUAAGUCUUACAAUUAUCGCUCUACUAAUUUGAUAGAUUAUUUGACAUAAUACUCAUCUCUUGGUUAAUAGGGAAUUAUUAUUUAGUUUAUGCUGUAUAUAAGCAGCACUGAUAUGCAACAGGCAUAUUUUUGAAGGAGCAAGAAUCUUUCCUGUUCAGCAUUACCUAAACCUGUAUUAUAGGGCGUCCAUGAAGUCUUUUUUUCAAAAUUGCAAAGGAAAUUUAUCGAUACCAUAUAUUGUAUUGGCCCUCACAGAUGUAUUAAAUGUAGUAAAAAUUCUUGAACAAUUACUGAUUAAAAAACAACAAACCCGAUUAUUAAAAUAUAUUGAGAACUGACUUCAUAACAAAAUUAAAAUUGUUACGAGACUUUAGGGGCACUAUGUAUAUCCUUAGUGAGGAGGGGGGCAUUGUCCUAAUUCCAUAUAAUUCACAGAUUUCAUCUCUGGCCAUCAAUUUCUGUAGAAUCUAGUUGGUUCAAUUAAGCAUGAAAAAACAUGGGCUCUUGUAGCUAUUCCAAAUCACAAGCAGCGCAGGUAUGCAACGAGCAACUAUUUUUGAAAGCGGAGAAACAUUCUCAGUUUGGCAUUGCCUAAACAUGUAUUACCAUAAUUAAACCCUUAGUGAUGCGGUGGGCAUUGCCUUAAUUUCAUAAAAUUCAAUGAUUUCAUUUUUAUUAAAUUUGUUGGCCAUCAUUUUCUGUAGACACUAGUUGGUUUAAUUAAGCAUGAAAAAAUAUGGGCUCCUAUAGCUAUUACAAAUUAAACCAGGAAGAAUCUGUGACCAUUCAGCUCACUUUUAAUCUUCUGCUAAUCUUUUACUGAAGUGUUUUUGUCUGUAUAACAUAAGAUUGAUUUCCUGUGUAAUGUCUGAUGUCAUUGCUACUGUCUAUUCAAGUCAGAUAACAUCCCUAUUGUGGUUGAAGCAUUGCAGACAUUUUAUUGUCUGAUUCCUGGAAUGUGAUUUAUCUGAUAAGAAAUUCCAAGAUGUUGGGAAAGGAAACAGUUUAUUGAUUUGUUAUUGAAUGUAACCCAUUGUGCAUUGGUUGUGUAAAUUUCAUAAAAAUAUUUAGAACCAAAUUCUGGUAUUCAUUCAUUAUGAAUGCUAUUGAUAAAUCAUGAAUUAAUAUGUUUCUAUAACUGUUAUUUUUUGUCUUUUCAAAUACCUUCAUAUUAUAUUUUGAUUAGGCAAUUCAUAAUUUUAAAUUUUCAAAAAUACUUUCAUUGCUCUCAAAGAUUUUGUGGCAUGAAUUAUUUUGAAGUUUGUUGUAUGUGUACCUACUAUAAUUAGCAAUGUUUAAGGAAUUUAGUUGAAGUUAAAUUAUGUCAAGGAUAUAAUUGUUAUAAAUUUUAUAAUUACGGUAACCAAUUCAGAGUAUUCGCCCAUGUGUAUGAAAUACCAACAAUGUUAGGUAUCUUAAGUUAAAUAAAAUUAUUAUUAAUAAUUAAACUAUUAUUAAUAUCAAUUUAUUUUUUAUUUUUUCCAAUGUUUAUUGUAUUUUCUGAGUGCUGGCAAUUUGUCAUUUUCAAUUUCUGUAUUUUUGAGACGGUGCUAUUUUUUGCAUUCUGUAAGGUAUUUGUACUAGCAAAUUGGUGCCUUUAUUGAAUAAUAUUUUUCUAAUUUAUAUAUGUACUGUGACAUUAUAUAGGUACCAUUGCUAUCUGCAGUUAUAAUUGCUUAUUUUAUGUGUGAAAAUCCAUCCCAGAUGUUGUUUAUCAUUCACUUUUAUUGUCGUAUAUACCUUCAUGCUUUUAUCAAGGCAUUAUGAAUUUUUUCUACUCCAGUAAAAUAAUCGUCUGGUAGAAUUUGUUGCAUUAUUGGUCAUCUUCAUGCUUUUAUUUAAGGCAAUUUGAGUUUUCCCAACUCCAGUAAAUCAAGCCACAUAUUGUUGUUCUCUUUAGUCAUCUUUGUAAUAAUCAUGACCUUGGUUUACAAUAAUUAGGAAUAUGAAUGGCAUAAUAUGACAUCCCAAUUUGUGUGGCCUCCGCAUAUCGUUAAUAAACUAUGGGAUUUACUUUGUAAGCCACUUUGGGGUUUUCAAAUCAAUAAUAUGGACCAUAAGACUAUCACACAAUGUUCAAUAAUCCCCAGAAACUCAAUGAAAAAAUUAAUUGGAGGAGUAAUUUAUUGUUCAUUUGUACCCCCAAUUAGGACCCCCUGCCCCCGUGUCAUACAUAGCAAUUUUUAGUGGCUAAAACCCUUUUUAACCCACCUUUUCCUGGCCCGCUAGCCGUCACAAUCUAACUUGGCAAUUUGAAACUUCAGACACCCCCCACCCCUUCGAAAAUAAAAUUUCUGGCUAUGUCCCUGCCCCCAAUAAUUGCUAUGUAUAUAUCUUCGCGUAUUCUUACUUUGCAAUCUAUUUUUCCUAUUUCGGAAUUUCAUUCUUUUCGCUGCUAUUUUAAAGCCGAUGUUUUAUAUAGGCGUAACAAAUUGAAACUCAAACAGAAAACAUUGAAAUAAUGUGUUCACUUAAAUAAGGUUCAGCAAAUCAGUCGAAUGUGUCUAUUUGUUUCAUUCACAAAAAAUGGUCAAUCAAACGCGACAAGAACCCAUGCCAGCUUUUAACACUCCAAUCCAACUAAAUUCGUCUUGGACUCCCAGGGGUAGGGGAUGAACCCACACAUUCAAAAUUAAUCUCCCCUUUAACGCCACACUUCAAUUACUAACAUGAAUAUAAUUGUAUUUGAAUAUCUAGAAAGUGUCGUAUUUAGCAGUACCCGUAGCAUAUCAAACAGAGUGUGGUGGCGGUAUUAGUCAUUUAACUUUCGUGUUCGUACAUCCGAUCAUUUUUCUCUUGUUUAUUAUAUUAACUCAUCUCGCCGUCCCAUUUCAUUGUCAUUUUCAACAAUUUGAUUUCUCUUACAACACUUUUGCUUAUCAGCGUCUUUUAACACGAAAUCUGUAGAUUUUUAGUAAUUUUAUCAAUCAGUACUUUUUCAUCGUAAUAAAUUCGAUAUUUGAAAA